GAUCUAUUGUCCGACCUUGUAAUACCGCCGACCAGCCUAGGAAGGCCCAGUUUUGCAGCCCGAAGAAUAGGAGAGUCGGGUCCAGGUAUAUAUUAGCACAAACUAGGGUUUAAGAUGGGAGUCAUCGUUCUUCGCCUCUCUCCGCCUUCAUUUUGCCGCUAUCCCACCCUUUGCUGCUAGCUCUACGGAGAAACAAGCUCUCGAUCAAUCAUGGCGGAGCAGACUGAGAAGGCAUUUUUGAAGCAACCAAAGGUUUUCCUUAGCUCGAAGAAAACUGGCAAGGGAAAGAGGCCUGGAAAGGGAGGAAACCGCUUCUGGAAGAGCAUUGGGUUGGGCUUCAAGACUCCCAGAGAAGCCAUCGAAGGAACAUACAUUGACAAGAAAUGCCCCUUCACUGGCACUGUUUCCAUCAGGGGUCGUAUCAUUGCUGGAACAUGCCACAGUGCCAAGAUGAUGAGAACAAUCGUUGUUCGUCGUAACUAUCUUCACUAUGUGAAGAAAUACCAGAGGUAUGAGAAGAGACACUCUAACAUCCCGGCUCAUGUCUCACCAUGCUUCCGUGUGAAGGAAGGAGAUCAUGUCACCAUUGGGCAGUGCAGGCCUCUUUCGAAGACCGUUAGAUUCAAUGUGUUGAAAGUUAUUCCAGCUGGAUCUUCUGGUGGCGGAAAGAAGGCCUUCACUGGGAUGUGAGAUGUAACGCACCCAGUUUUCUUGUGCGUUAGGCUGAUCGAUGAACCUUUGUUAGUACGUUAUGUAAGCUACUGGUGAAAUUGAACAGUUUGGUUUUGGCAAUCACUUGGAACAAUUAGAAGCCUUUCUUGUCUCUCAACACUUUGAUUAUAUGUGGAUUGUUGCAGACACGAUAGCUAUUUUGUUUUGGAUGCUCAUUAACAUUAUAUGUGGUCUCCUUUCUGGGUAUCUUGAUUUCAUGAAUCUGAAGGUGGAUGAAAACAUGAGCGAUCCAACCGGGUUGAACAUGUUUUCUAUUCGAUUUUAGUUGAUUCCGGUGUCUAAUUGGAUUGGAUUGAUUAAUCAUGAAAGGAACCUCAGAUUUUUCCAUUGGCGUUUGAUUGUCUAUUCGAAUGAUGGAGCUGCAUAUACGUACGGCAAUUUUGAUGCAUGUGAUUAACAUGGUGAAGAUUGUUGGAGGUUGGGAACUUCCUCUCAGUGUGGAAGAAAGACUUCAUGUUCUAGAGGAACAGUACUGUCGGCACCAGGCAGUUGUGUGUUGACUUUCAUAUAUGUUGAUACAGUAAGUUUGGCUAGAAGUUAGGCAAAGGGAAAGGAGUAAUAAAGGCAAUGAUCAUGUGCCUAGCCCGAAUAGGCAAUGGUUCACUGGUUUGUUGUUGUUAUUGUUAGGAAUUCAUAGUGAAUUGGAUGAGAAAAUGGAGGAACAAGAGUGAAUUCAUGUGGAGAAGUUAGUGGACAUGUUCAUCCUUGGGUGUAAUGGCCUAAAACAACGCUUGGCAUGUGAUGUGUGAGAAAUAUAUUUUUUCUAGUAUACUAGAUAUCGUGGUUGAAUCUUGGCCUAACAAUCUGGAAGAAAUCGGUAUAAUUAAGUUAAAACUUCAUAUGACGUUAUGUUAAUGUUUAUGAGGUUAUGGUGAAAUUUGGUUGCUCUGACUCUGUGCCUUGUCUUUGUAAUUUAAUUGAAUUUAGGUGAUCAAAAUUAUGCAUGUGUGUUGGAAUAGAGAGUUUUGAGAUUUUUAAAAAAUAUAUAUUGUAAGGAAUUGGUUCGAUCUUUUGUGUGGUAAACCAAAUAAACGGUUCAUUUUUUGCUCAAUCUGGUAUGCCUAAUUCGGAUAGUACCGAACAAGAUUGUAUACAAAGAUGAUAUGAUCUAUAUCUUAUUGUAAUUGUUAUGAUUUGUGAUUUGCAUUCCAGCUCCUUAAUACGAACAAUCAAUCGUAUACAUAUGACCCGGUUUAAAUACAACCGUAAGAUUUCACAGUACUCAGCCCUCCUCAAAGUCGGAAUGCAUCUAUCUAAACGACAAAAUUUCCUCCACCAACACUAUGUAGUGCCCAUCUAGGAAAAUAUAUUUUGUGGGAGAAAAUAGUGCUAUGUUGGUCGAAUCACUUUGUGGCUUGUGCUUCUAUACAUUUCGUGGAAAGCAAAAUGGGGGGAAAAAGGCCAAACCUAUUUGUCAUUGUCUAGCAUAGCAAAGUCUUCAAUUCGAUAAUAUAUCUUUCAUUUUCGCAAUUGCCCCAAAAAAACUUCACUUUCAUAUCUUUUUUUGUAUUUUUUUUUAGGAUUGAUUACUUAGCUAUGGGAAACUUGCAAUCCACGUUGUUUGGAUGUAGUUCAUGGUUAACAAAAAAGCAAUCAAUGGAGUUGAUGAUGAUGCUAUAUAACAAUGAAUCCUAGAUCCAUAUGCUCCACUAGAAAGAAUAUACAAUUGUUCACACUUGAAAGCAUAUGAUAAUAAAGGGAAAAGGUAAUAAACAUGUACAAUAGUCUACUAUAUCAUUUAAAAAGUAGAUUUAAAGUCGUUUCUGUUGCAAAUCGAGUGAACACGAUUUUAGUAAGUCGGGUUUUGUGAGGGAGGGGGUGGUUUACUACUUCUAUUUGUAUAUUUGAGUGAGUUGAAUAUGGUAAGGAUAUUAUUAGAUUGGAAAACUCUACUGCAUCGAGGUUUUGUCACUACAUUCUUGUAACCGAUUGAUUUAUGAGUACUAAACAUACCCCUGAUAACAAUCGUACCAUAUAUACUUAACACAUAAUUUUUUUCCGCUCGAGUUAAGUUAUUUCGGUCAAUCUCUCUUUAUUAAAGCUUCAAACUAUGAUGCAACUUUCCAUUAGUAAUGAAAAAGUGGGAGCAAAAUUAAAUUAAACGAGGGAAUUGGGUACACUUUGUCAUUCAAUUACUCCUUUGACAAACAAAAAAAAAAAUUGGAGGGUGAUGGAGAAAAAUAAUUGAAACUCUUAUUGGUUGCAAUCAGCCAACAAACUUUUGAUGUCUCAGUGAAAUGGCCUUGUCUUUCUUUUGUGUAGCUUUUUUCUCCAUUUAAUUUAAAGGCAUCUAUGAAGUGUGAAAGAUAAUUAAUUGUAAAUUAAUAUAACCCACCACGAGUUGGUGAGAUAGUCAAAUGUGCAAGUUCAAAUUUAACCAUUUUUCGUGUUCCAAUUUUGACAAUAAUCGUUUAUGUAUUACAAUUACGAAGAACAAUAACAAGAUUGUUGUUGUUGUAGAAAUCAUUUUAAUUAUUUGUUAGUGUUAAUAAAAAUUGAUUUUUGUU